GUAUCUGCGCCUCUCUUGUACGCUCGAAAAGUCCAACAUCUACAACAAACAUGGCGCCUUCUAAAGUUCUCACGAAGAAGACGAAGACCGAGGUCGCAGUCCCCACGAGCAGCUCCCCUUACCAACUUGACCCAUCGCAAACCCUCAAAGCCACCACCGCACUGCUCAAAAAGAUCAACGCCGAUGUCUCCACCAAAUCCUCGUCGCGCGAGAAAGCAAAUCUUCUCGCUGACGCCGACGAUGGCGAGGAAGUCGAGGAAGACAGCCCGGUUUGGCUGAUUCUGACAACAAAAAAGCACAUCGUCGACAAGAAGCGUCUCAAACCUGGCAAAAUCGUUCUUCCGAAUCCGCUGCGCAGUGUCGAUGAGGAAGGAUUGAGAAUUUGCCUGAUUACUGCAGAUCCACAGAGGAAGUACAAGGACCUCGUGGCCGAGUCUUCGUUUCCACUUGAUGUGGGGAAGAGGAUCGCGCGUGUCAUUGGCAUGGAGAAGCUGAAGACCAAGUACAAGAGCUACGAGUCGAAGAGGCAGCUUUUCUCGGAAUAUGAUAUCUUCCUGGCCGACGAUCGCAUCAUCACAUAUUUGCCGAAUACCCUGGGCAAGGUUUUCUACAAGGGCGGUUCAAAGAGACCGAUUCCAAUUACGCUGGAGGGCAAGAGGCAGAAUGUUCUUGAAAAUGGCGAGAAGAGGAAGAAGCUCGCUGAAGGAGGUAGCAAAGUGGAAAAGAAGGACAUCAGACCUGAGGAUGUGGCCCACGAGAUCACAAAGGCAUUGGGAGCUGCGCUUGUACACCUCGCACCUUCGACCACGACUGCGAUCAAGGUUGGCAAGGCGAGCAUGACAGCUGAACAAGUGCAAGCGAACGUGGAAGCUGUGGUCGCUGGAAUGGUGGAGAAGUAUGUCCCACAGCAAUGGCGCAACGUGCGAGCUGUGCAUGUCAAGGGACCAGAGACUGCUGCCCUACCUAUCUGGCUCACAGAAGAGCUUUGGGCCGACGAGCACGAUGUACUUGACGAGGCACCCUCUAAGGAGAACCCAGGCAAGAAGCGCAAGCGCAGUGCGCUGACUGACGCGAACGGCAACGAGUACGUGGAGAUUCCUGGUCCAGAUGGAAAGAUGCGCAAAGUGGAAAAGAAGAAGCGUAAGAGUGAUGUCGCUGAGGUGGAAGAGGAGCCUGCUCUGCCAAAGAAGAGAAAGAGCGAGAGCAAGGAGGAGGUUGAGGCCAAAGAGCAGGAGAAGGCCGAGAAGGCGGCGAGAAAGGAGGCAUUGAAGAAGCAAAAAGAUGCUGCCGCUGGCAAGGUCAAGGCGAGCGUGAAUGGCGAGUCGAAGAAGGCGAAGAAGGGCAAGUCUUCUGCCUAGAACCGGACUGUGUGGCGUUCGAACAGGGACUGGGGCGUCGACGGCGUCCUGCAUGAUAAUGGGUUUGUACAGCAGCUCGCCUGCCUUUGAGCAGUCGAAAAACAUGGUCCGCAAGACCACUCAAGCUUGGCUUGGUUUUGGGCGUCGCAAUUCGCGUGCCUCAAUGUUCGUUCACCUCUUCCCCCCGCGCUAUCGUGAUCUGUUUGUGUGUGAAUGAUCCCGACAUCUGAUAAUGCUUCACUUGUAGCGUGCAUACAAG